UUGGGGCCCGGAGCCGGCGGGGAGGCCACGGUUCUCCGGCUUUGCGCAUGUGCGACCUGGCGGGGAGGAGGACGCGCGGUACCGGGGGGGCGACGGAGUGCCUCCGCCUUUUUCCUUCUCCUCCUCCUCCUCCUGCUGCUGUGAGGGGUGAUCUGGGUGUGGUUUCCUCCCCUAGCCUAGGCCGUGAUAUCGAAAGGAAGGAGGCAAAGCGGCUUCGCUGGGCUGGGCGAGGGGGCGGGAGGGGGUCGGUCGGUCGGUCGGUAGGUAGGUAGGUAGGUAGGUAGCUAGGUAGCACCAUGGCUCCUGCGUGUCCGUUGAAGGAGGAGUGAAACGGCCGCCGCUCGCGCACAACCGCCGCUCCCCCCCGCUUCCCGCCCCCGGCUGUGAGGAGACGGCGGCGCGUGCCUGUGGGGUCUGGCGUCCCGCGGCCGGCAAUACCGGGGUGUUCUGAGAGGAAAAAUUACCGGGGUGUUCUGAGAGGAAAAAUUACCGGGGAACCUCGAAUAGCUUAGAGGUUUACUGUUCCUUCCCACUUCCUCGACACCCACCUCGCCCCGCUCCCGCCCCCAUCCCCCCCCGAAGUUAAAGGGAAGAGACCGGUAUGGUUGAAAACUCUCCAUCCCCAUUGCCAGAAAGGGCAAUAUAUGGAUUUGCCCUUUUUUUAGGAUCGUGGUUCGGCUUUAUGUUGUAUCUUAUCUGGGCAUAUGUUCCUGAGACUUGGCUGUUUUCAUUGGGACUAACAUAUUGGCCUCAAAAAUACUGGGCAGUUGCUUUGCCAGUGUACCUACUAGUUGCUAUAGGAAUUGGUUAUAUAUUACUUUUUGGUAUUAACAUGAUGAGUACAGCUCCACUUAACUCCACAGAUACCGUUACAGAUAACUUUGCAAAAAAGCAGCAACAGAAGAAAUUUCAAGAAGAAGCAAUUCCAGCAUUGAGGGAUAUUCCCAUCAGUGAAGUAAACAGAAUGUUUUUCCUUCCUGAAAAAGGAAUCUGCAACAGCAGAUAGUCAUUAUUAAGAUCUGUUUGAAUAAAGGAUUAAUAAAACUGUUGCAUAAGGAAAAUCAAAACCUCUCCAAACUUAAAAAAACCCCACUCUUUCUGCUUGUAGAACAAAGCUGCCUCUUUUUUUUUCUGAAUUUGUAAUUAAAUAUGUGUUAACAUGUUUGAUUGAGAUGGCUUGAUUUUGUUAUUAUGCAUGCGCCUUAAUAACCUGUAUUGGUAUGAGAAUUAUGCCACAUUAAUUUAUCUAACCAUUCUUGUGAGUUUAAAAUAGCUUUCUAUUACUUGUAGAUUUCUGCUUGUAAUUUACCUCUGAGAGUGAAAGAAAUAGCUUUUGGACAUGGCUUAAUUCUAUUUCCCUUUGAAUUCAGGGAGAGAAAAUGUGUUCCACUAGUCAAAUGCUUCAGGAUCUUUUUUUUUGUUUUUUUUGUUUUUUUUACAAGGUACGUUAAUUUGAAGUGU